AUGUCAUUAUCUCUAAGAAAAACUGCUGGUUCUACAUUGACGUCGUCAUGUUUGAAAAAAAGAAGGAGUGCAAGCCAACUUAGUGGCAGUAUUGGUGUAAGAUUUGUUCAUAACACUAACAAACAAGAUCAUACUACCUUAUUUAAUACUUCUAAUGAUAAAUAUUCCAAGAUGAGUUUAAAACAUUUGAAAAUCGAAUGUAAAAAUAGAGGGUUAAAAGUUUCUGGUAAGAAAUCUGAUUUAAUUUCUCGCAUUUCUGCUUUUGAGAGCUCUUCUAUAACUAAUAAUCAAAGAUCGUAUUCUUUAUCACAUCAUACCACUACUGCGGCUACUACUGUUUUUACUAAUAAUAAGAUAAAUAACAACUCUUUUAUUUCUAAGAGGCCUAAUAGCAGUACUAAAGUGCAUCCUACUCAACAGAACAUAAAAUCCAUUAAUUGCGACAAUGAAACUGUUAAUAGCAACCAUAUUAACGGAAAUCGACAUCCAACUUUAAAAGACUACAACCGGGUUACUGUUCGCAAUAACCUAAAGUCUACGAAUAAAAAAAUUAAUGCUAGUAAGCUUCAUAACAAGAAGGAUAUCAAUAAUAAAAACACCAAUACUAUUACCGACAUUAUUAAUAACACAAACAAGAACAUUUCCUCAAAGCACAUUAAGUUAACUGGUAAGGGUGUUGACUCUGUAGAGUUUCCUAAUAUUCUGUCUUUGGAAGCAAAUUUGCACAAAAACGAAGAUAAACAUAUUUUGUAUAUGAUACCUUUGACUAAGGAGGCUUCAAUGAAGAAAGUUACACCAUUUGAAAAAAGAGCUAACAAUUCAGUUACUGCUAGUAAAAAUGUUACACAGACACUUAUAACUCCAGAUAUCGAAGGGGUUAAAGUUUUUACGGCAGAACAAGAAGAAACUACUUCUCUUCCAAAAGUUAAACAGGAACUUUCGACUAUUUCUUAUAAGGGUAAAUUUAUUAAUGAAAAAAGGGAGGAUGCUGACAAUGACUAUAAGAAUGAUAACUUCAGUGCAUCAUGUAAGGAAUUAGAGCCAAGAGAUAAAAGAUUUUUUUUGGGAGUUUUAACUUCAGUUGUUGCUUGGUGGGGUCUCAAAUGGUUUGAAGAUGAAAAUAAAACAAAAAACUAA